ACGUUUGCCCUCGGGAUUGAGCUAAAGUAAGAAAAAUCUGUCCAAGGCUCAGCACAAAAGGAUCUUUUCAUUCCAGUGCUUUUCGCCCACGCAGGGGACCAUGCCUCUGGAGGUGGUGGUGGAACUCCAGAUCCGGGCGAUUUCUUGUCCAGGGGUGUUCCUUCCCGACAAGCAAGAUGUGUACCUUGGGGUGUACCUCCUGAAUCAGUACCUGGAGACUGACUGCUUUCCUUCGCUGUUCCCUAUUGUGAUUCAGCAGAGCAUGAGGUUUGAAAAGGUAUUUGAAAAUGCAAUAGAUCCUGGGGCUGUAGCAGAAAUUUUAGAAAGUUUCCUAACCAGGUUUGAAUUGAUACAGCUAGUAUCUCCAGCGUGGGAAGAGUUGGCCUGCUAUGAAGAAAACACACGAGAUUUUCUCUUCCCUGAGCCCAAGCUGACCCCUUCUCUCCCUGGGAUGUACAGGGAGGUGCUCAUGAAGACAUUUGCAGGUUUUCCAGGCAUUGCUCCCAAAAUAGAGUUUGCCACAAGGACAGCCAUCAGAGAAUGCGUGUUCCUGCCUAGAAACAGAUUUCUUGAAGAAAGAGACAAAUCAAGAAAGCCUUUAUCUACAUCACAGGGGCCAAUCUUCCCCUUACAUAACAUGAGGAUGAAGCCAAAGGACAGUAAUCUCAACCGAGUGCCCCAAAGCACGCAAUCCCGGGCCCCCUCGCCCUGCCCCUCCAGACGCUUCCUCCAGGACCAGCCGGCUCAACCGAGCCUCAGAAACAAUUUCAGAAUCUCCAGGGAAAGCAAACCCCCAUUUGUAGUUAGACAUGUGGACAGUGCAAAGCCUUUUGGUGAGAAUAUGUCAGAGCUUCCGUCCCGGAAGUCUAGGAGAAGAUCCAAGUUUUCAAACUCACCUUUUCCAGGGAGAAGAGCUGCUUCUCUUGACAGCCUUGCCGCUAACAUAAAGAACGAAUCACCAACGUCGAAGGCCCCGGUACCUACUUUACCAGUUAUCAAAGAGCCAGAUGAACGGAUUAUUUUAAGGAAAGAAUCACCAUCAGCUUCAGAUUCAAGUAUGUUCGGAAAACCGUCACCCAGUUACAGUAACCAAGGAGAUGCCGAUUUCCACCCGGAAGCUUCCUCUGCCACCUACCAGCAUUCCAGAUCGUCCGGUCGUCUUCUGGAUCAGCCCCUUCUUCGAGAAAGAUUCCACCUUUAUUCUCAGUCCACAUGGAGGAAGAUCCACGAAAGGGUGUGCAGCCUCCUGACAGCCCACAGAGCUCAGCAACACCUGAACAAGGGCCACAUGCGGUGUGUGACGUUUCCAAUUUCACAGGGGAAGCUGGAGGAGCAUCACGAACUCACUCAUCGAGUCCACUGACACGCCGUUUGAAAGAAAUGCACGACAGUGUUUGUUAUGUGUAUGGAAUCACCAGUGUCUCACCCCCUUUACAUCAAACCCUGUGCUCAGUCUUCUGUACUUCGGUAAGAGUCGUUGAUUAAAGUGUUCCUUGUGUGGGGCUCCUA